AUGUCAGUCGAAGUUGGCCAACAAGCACCGGAUUUUACACUUUAUAACACCGAACAAAAAGAAGUUUCUCUCAAAGAUUUAACGUCGAAAUCGAAUGUGGUUGUUCUAUUUUUUCCAUUAGCAUUUACAGGUGUUUGCACAGCAGAAUUAUGUUCAGCUCGGGAUGAUAUUAGCAAAUAUCAAAAGCUAAAUGCAACAAUUGUGGCCAUUUCAGUUGAUUCGCUUUUUACUUUAGGAAAAUUUCGAGAAGAACAAAAACUUCCAUUUGAUUUAUUAUCUGAUUUUAACAAAGAAGUUUCAAGAAAAUAUAAUUCACUUUAUGAAGAUUUUCCUUUAUUUGGUUUGAAAGGUGUUACAAAACGAAGUGCAUUUGUCAUUGACAAACAAGGUCAAAUUAAAUAUGCAGAAAUUCUGCCUGAUGCUGGAAAAGUUCCAAAUUUCGCCAAAAUUAAAGAAACAUUGGAACAACUUUCAAGUUAA